AUGUACAGGCAAAUUCGGGUAAAUUCGGCCCAUACGCGCUUUCAAAAAAUCCUCUUUCGCAAUAAGGACGGAGAGCUCUGUGACUAUGAACUCGAUACAGUCACCUUCGGCGUAAACUGUGAGCCUUUUCUAGCCAUCCGCAUACUACAACAGUUGCCUCAGGAUAUCCGAGGCCAAUAUCCUUUGGCAAGUGACAUCAUCUCGAACUUCAUGUACGUCGACGAUGUGCUUGCAGGCACUCACACUAAGCGGUCGGCAGUUUUAGCCAUCGAGGAGCUUCGGCUGGCUCUUGAGAGUGCUGGUUUUCCAUUACGGAAGUGGACCUCGAACGAAAGAAAACUCCUACAAGAGGUUCCAAAGGAGCACUUGAUUAGUGCAGACUUUCUUGAGCUUGAAGAGGCUAUCGCUCCUGUCAGAUCCCUCUCCAUACCACGCUUGGAAUUGUGCGGAGCAGUGCUGCUCACGGAGCUGGCAGCUCUAGUAAUUUCUGAAAUGCCUCCUCAUGUUUAUGAGACCUUUUACUGGACCGACUCCACGAUCGUUCUUGCAUGGCUGAGUAGGCCAGCGUGCACCUGGACAACCUUCGUUGCCAACAGGGUCGCAAAAGUCGAACAGUGUACCGACGGAAGCAAGUGGGGACAUGUACGAUCCGAAGACAAUCCAGCUGAUCUGGCAAGCCGGGCCGUCUCACCCCAAGAGCUUAAGGACAGCGCACUGUGGUGGCGUGGGCCAGCUUGGUUGCACCUCAAACAGGAGCAGUGUCCGAGUGAGUUGUGGUUCCAUCCGAAGACUGAGCUUGAGCAGCGCCCCGUCAAAUGUCACACGGUCGCAGUGCCCUCAGCAGUUGAGAUCCUAGAGAGGUUCUCAGCCUUUGACCGAGCUCUGCGCGUUCUUGCUUAUGUGUUUCGCUUUGUGAAAAGUUGCCGGAGGAAAGGUGUAGCCUCAUCGGUAGAACUCACUGCGGCGGGAUUGUCGGAGGUGCAGGAGCGGUUAAUUGUGCUCACUCAGAAGAAUGAGUUCCCCGCCGAAUAUAAGGUUUUGAGCAACAAGCAACCAGUUCCACCCGCAAGCGCCAUUUCUAACCUAAACCCCUUUCUCGACGGAAAUGGUGUCUUGAGAGCCAGAGGCAGGUUACAAGCAUCUGAAAUGCUUAGUUAUGAUGAAAAACAUCCGAUCAUCCUUCCUGCACGGUGUAGGUUCGCCGAACUUCAAGUCCUGUUUAUCCAUCGCAUAUCCUUGAAUGGGGGGAAUCAAUUAAUGAUCCGACUGAUUCGUUUCAAAUUCUGGAUUCCCAAGCUUAAAAUGAUGGUGAAUCGAACAAUACACUCGUGCCGAGUGUGUGUCAUCCACAAGAAGAGACUGCAGACGCAGUUGAUGGGGAAUUUGCCCCGUGCGAGGUCCACGUUCUCCAGACCGUUCACCCAUACGGGAGUGGACUUCGCAGGACCAUUUGACGUCAAGAGUUAUGUCGCGACCUCCGACUUGACUACUGAGAAGUUCUUGGUUCGCUCAACCUCGCCGAAGGAUAGUUCCCCACCCCGCAGCUCCUUGUCAACGCCGACUAGCGCGCCUAGCCUGGUGCGGACGAGCGUCAGCAUCCUUCCGACCGCUGCCGUGCUCAUUGGGUCCGAGCAGAAGAGAUUCGAUGUGCGAGUCUUGGUGGAUCCGAGCUGCCCCGUGAGUCGCAUCCACGUCUCGCUGGUGAAGGCCCUCAACUUGACAGUCACGGGCGUGGGCAACGAACGGCUGUGCACCACCGAGAUUCGCUCAAAAACGUCCCGGAUGAGCAAACAGCUGCUGAUGCUGGUGGACGAGCAGAUGGAUCCGAAGGUGCAGGACAUGUUCCACAACAUGACGCUAGCGGAUGACCGGUUGUUCCACCCAGCGCUUGUCUCGGCUGUCCUUGGAGCAGACGUUUACGCCGACCUGAUGCUGCCGGGUAUCAUCGCGAGCCAGGACGACCUGCCCAUGGCAAAAAAUUCCAAGCUGGGAUGGAUCCUUUCGGGACGCGGUUCUCUACCCAAAAUUUGCAAGUAUUCCUCUUGCAAGGGGGGGAGAAUGUUCAUGCCGAACAGCUGA